ACAGCAUUUCAAAGAAUGGAAAAUCACAAGCGUUCAAAGAUAAAGAGGCACCAUUACGAUGAACCAAGCAGCAGCCAUGACGACAAGAAACAUUGUAAAAGACGAAGAAAAAGAAAGAGGAAAGAUGUAAAUGCUCUGUCAGACGCCAUCAGAACUUGUGUUCCAAGUUUGAUAGAGGAUGUUAUCUUUAAUGAGCUUGAAGAUAAGGCUAUAGAGAACGGAUGCCUAACAGAUGAUGAGUGCAGAGCAGUAAGAGAUAUCGGUGACAGAAAGAAGCAAAUACGAAAAGUUGUUCUCCUUAUAAUCAAAAGAAGUUUCGGAACUAUGAGUAACUUCUUAGAUGCACUGUCGUCUGCUUACCCACAUAUCUCUGAAAAUAUAUGGCAUAAGUAUGAACGAAACCUUGUGGAGCGCCCGAAACGUUUAAUUUCCCGAAGAUUAUGCCCUCUGUGUGCUUUGAAAGACAGUGUUGAUGUGGAAAAAGUCAUCGAUAAUUUAUAUAGUGAGCAAAUAAUUGACGAUCGGCUCUAUGGAAGGAUAAAUUCAAGUCGGAAAGAAGUUGGACAACAAGAUAAUUUUUGGGAAGCUGUUCUUAAAGCAUGUGUAAAAAACAACAGUGUUGAACUUUUACUCGGAUCUCUGGAAUCCACGGGACAUUACACACACAUCACCAAACGUCUCCGAUAUGUUUUCAAAAACAACAGAAAUAUGAAACAACCCUGUACAUGCUCAAAAUAUAUUUUAGACAAACGACUCGCAAAAUUCAGAACAUGGUCACUGGACAGUGCCACAUCACACUCCCCACGGGAAACCUCGGAUUCUGUUAGUAGCACUGACUCUGACAUAAAGAGCGAACCAGAAAUAGACAAUUCGCCGCUAGUUAAUAACAUCCAAGUUACAGCAUACUCAGAAGAAAAUACCUUUUAUGACCAAAGUCAAGCAAUGAUAACAGAAAGUAUUGAAAUUUAUGACCCUCUUAUAAACUGUAAUAAUAGUGUGUGCGACCCGAUUCGGGAAAUGACACCAAAAGAAGAAUCAAGACAUGAGCCAUUUAUUCAACCAGAAAAUAAGCAAAGUCAAGUCACUGGAAAACAAUUGCCUGCAAGACACAGCAACACGAAUGAGACACCAUUAGCAGGUUCGUACCGACAGAGAAACCAGAUUCCCGACAGACGCCAAGAAACACGGAGAUCUGAUGGAAGGUUUAGAAGUGUUGUAUCAGCAGCAAUGGUGCAGUUGCGGGUACUGAGACAAUUUAUGAAGAAACAAAAUACAAAAGUGCCGCUAGAGAGAAAUAGAUCCCUUGUGUCAGAGGAUAUGUGUGAAACAGUGCUGUAGAUCCAUAUUAAAUAUUAACUGGUGUAAGCUGGUCGCAAUUCGAACUGCUAACCGCAGACUGUUUUUUUUUGCGAUUUAAAUUGCAAACAGAUUUUGUAUUUUGCACUGAUUUUUUUUUCAACUGAGUUUGUGUUUUGCAAUUCAAUAUAUGGUAUAUCAAACCGUUAUUCGGUUUUUCAGAAAGAUGAUAUUGUUUGGAGCAUUUCAGGCUUCAAAAUGGAACAUCUCGGUCUCUAUUUUGAAUUACUUGCUACAAAAUGGUUUCCACAAAGACAAUUAGGCUAUAUUCCUAUGUGUAUGAAUUACCCUUGUUGCAUAGCUUCAGAUAGUUUUAUCAGCUUAUUUAGUGAUUAAAACAAAUGAAACAAAGUAUCUGUCAAUAUUUCACAGUGAAGAUACUACAUGUUUGCUAGAAAUAAAAUGUCACAUUUAUGAACAGAUGUUGUAAUGCAUGACAUUGGUAAUUCAUUUUUCCUCUGACUUCGACAGCAUUUUACUUUUAGAAGGAUCCGAAUUUAUUGUCUGUUUUACAAACAAACGCAUUUUGUACAUAACUUUCAAUAAAAAAAAAAUGUAUCCUUUUCCAAGACCCUGUUUUAUUUCUCUUUCUUUUAUGUAAUCAGCAAUAUUUUAGAAUUCCGUGUAAUUUUACUCUAAUUCAAAAAACUACUAGAGGCCAUUUCUGAAAUUAUCUGUAGUAUGUUGUAACUUGGAUUAAAUUAUGAUUCUGUGUA